AUGGGGUGCAAACAGUCGGCCAACGUCAAGGGCGUCGAUCGUGUGUUUGGUGCAAACGGCCUGCACGUUGGCCGCGACGGUGAUGUCGACCUCACUUCCCGCACAAUGGAUUUCUUUGGGCCAAAGUUCGUGGAGCUCAUUAAGCGCGACAGGCUCCACACGGCGAAGCGGCUGCAUCUAUCCGACAAUAAGCUGUACACACUUGGCAGGGAGAUGACACUGCUGCCAGACAUUGAGGAGCUGUACAUCAACUGCAACCGCUUUGAGCGGCUGCCAGGGGUUCUAGGUGAGAUGCCAUCCCUUCGGGUGCUCAACGCGAGCAUGAACCCACUAGGUCAUCAGACACGCACACUUGACGUUGUGCCACGCAUCGCCCACCUUACGCAACUAAUACUGCGUGAUUGCUCGCUUAGCACUCUCCCACCGUGUGUGCUGCACUGCACGGUGCUGCGGGAGCUCGACCUGUCCGACAACCCACACUUGCAGCUGGGUGGCGUGCAUUUUGACAAGUUGCCGUCGCUACGCAGGCUGCUCAUCGCCAACUGCGGCAUCAUGGGCGGGCUCCCCACCGGCAUCAAAGGCAUCACAACGUUGGAAGCGCUCGACAUAUCGGCGAACUUCUUCAACUUCGAGGACGACGACUUCUUUGGCAAGCAGCUGGCGGCAACACUCACUGAGCUGCACCUCCGCGGGAUGCACCUCAGUGGGGUGCCGCACGUGGUUGUCUCGCUGCACAAACUCUCGUACCUCGACCUCGCGGAGAACCCCGUCGAGACACUGGACGUCCUCGCUGGGCGACUGGUGCGCAAACUCACACCACGCAACAUACUGCUGUGCGCGGGGAGCAGCAACGCGGUGGCUGAGACAUGCAAUGGUGCUACCACUACCGCCACCACCACUCCAAACAACAAUAAUAAUAACACCAAUAUCAAUACAAACGCGAACGAUGACGCUGCCAGUACGGCUUCGCAUGCCAGCACGCGUUUGAGCCUUGGUCACGGCGCUCGAGCAGGACGCAUCGCGUACGUUGCGCAGCCGAUUCCACUGACGAAACUAUCCCUACACGCCUGUGACCUCCGCACAUUGCCCAAGUACUUCCACAAGCUAAAGAACCUCAUCGAUAUUGACUUGAGUGACAAUGAACACCUCGAUGACCCCAGCAUGUUGCUCUUCUCGUUCAGCAAGCUGCAGGUUCUCAACAUUGUUGGCUGCCCCUUCGCUGAGAACCGGCGCACGGCACACAACGAGUGGUUCGACAUUGCGAAGCUGCGCAACCUCCACACCAUCAACUGGGAGGUGUGGAAAGGCGUACGCAACAUGAGCCCGUACCGCACCAAGGUACCGCUCGAGAUCUGUGGGCUGAGGGUGCAGCAGAUCAACGGCAUUAAGCUGCGCCCCGGUCUCUUCGUCGGGGACACCGUGCAGACGGCGAUCAACCUUCUCCUUGACGGCUACUACAAGGUGGAUAUCGCCAUGGAUGAUGACGUUGUGUACAGCUACGCCGAGGCGGUUCGUACGCUGAACCCACUACAGUCGUUCUUUUUUUCGAACAACAGCCCCAAGGGUAAGAGUGUGAGUAAUGGCGGUAGGUCUUCUCCUACUCCUUCUACCGCAGGUGGUGCUGCUGCUGCUGCGUCUACGACAAAGAACAAACCCUCAAAACUAGACGCUCGGGAAGAUAUUCUUCAGAUUGUUAUUAAUCGCUACAUCUUCUUUCUCACAAUGCAGGCGGCAAACUACGACACCGUUAUUAUACCGCCUGCAGACGUGAUGGUGAUUCACUAUGCGCAAAUGACGCAGGAUCCGACGCGCUACCGCAAUGAUUGCGAGGCCAUAUGCGGGCAGGUGCUUAGCUGCAACUACCGACUGUUCUUUCUUGAGCAGAAGGUGCGCCCGCAUGCGGUGAGGGAGGCGGUGGUGGGAAGCAAGCGCGUGUGGAAUAUGAUGGUGCGCACCGCGCAGAAGGAUCUCUUGUGGCUACGCUACGACUUCUGGGAACGUCGCGCUAAGCAGAACAGUGUAAGUGUGCUAGCGCCAAAUGACGAGUUGGUGAGUCAAGCUGCAGCCGAUGCUGCUGCACUUGCAGCUGUUGCGGUUUCUCUUGAUGAUUCUACAGUUGGUACGGCAACUGCAGGUGAGAUGUCAGCCGCCCCUGCUGCUCCACCGUGCAACGGGAAUGAUAUUGGUCUUAUCAGAGGCGUCAAUUCAACCGAGGACCUUCGCUCUGUGCUUGAAACUUCAAUCACCGCACACUUCACGGAGCAACAGAUGGACCGAUUCGUAUGGUCGCUCGAGAAGUUCUUUAGCAUCAACGCGGAGUUCAUCCAGCACGAGGAGGCGCUGCGCGCGCAGACCCCGGACUGGACACGCUACGUUAAGUACCUUGCCCUCUACGCACAGGUACAGCGGCAGAAGCGACCGGAUGAUUAUGGCGGGUGCGCCGCACCAUACCGUGAGGAAGUUCAGAACAAUUCGAUUGUGACAGAGGACUCGUAUCUGCCACGUCCACAGAAGUCUAACACGGCGAUGCCGACCGUCCCACGGCGAACGAUGUCAUUUUUAAACGUGCGUGGCAACAGCGGACAGGGUAAUUUGCCUGGUGGUUCUUCUGGAGGUAGCCAGCUACAGAGUAGGGUGGUUUCGCGACGCACGACAUUGCUGGUCAUGCGUGAUGGCUCUGGUGGCGGUGGUGGUGGUGGACGGCGCCGCACAGUGCUGCUGCCCACCGUCGAACCGGUGCCGACGAUCGGCAUUACGCUGCUGCUGCACAGCCAUCGCACGGCUCACGCAAAGUACUACCAGGCGCUGGUGCUGCUCGGCAUUGAGAACAUCGACAUUGAAUGGGAGGAUACCCGCGCCGCGGUGGAGGAGACGCUGGAGGGGUGGAUGACGCUAUACAACGAGCACUACGUGGAUGACCCCAACACGGCGUGCGUGAUUACUGACGGCCCAAUUCCACGGCGUGGGGGGGCGGAGAAGAGCGCGGAGACACCGCAGCGCGCUCCGGUGAGCGCCCUUCGUCGCAGUGGGCAGCGGCGGUCGUCGCGGCUGCAGCGGCAAGUCACGCUCUGCUGCGCCGAAAGUGAGUACGGCAUCUUCUGA